AGGAUAGAUUGAGAAGAUUUGUAAGAUGGAGGUGCAGGGCUGGUGGUUAGUACUGGUGUCCUUGGCCUGUGUUCACUGCCAAGGUCAAGGUCAAGGUCAAGGACAAGGGAACCAGCCUCUUCUGGGACCUGCAAGAGGCUUGAUCCAAAGCAAACUCCUGCCUGGUCGAGGAGGAGGCCCUAAAAUCAAACCUCCCUCAUUCCAAGUCCACAAGCAGGAUCGACAGUCUCAGCCCUUCAGGGAACCCCCUCCUCGCAGAGCGGAAGAGAGACGAGCGGAUCCUCCGGCACCGCCCCCGCCGCCCCCACAAUCCCCACCCCCUCCGUUCUCCCCCUUGCCGUUCGCCUACGACGAGUACGACGAGGACUACGAGGCAGACGAGCCGGCAGAAAAGAGACAGGAACCCCUUUUCACUCCACCCGAUGGACCCCCGAGGAGACCCUUCAGACCCGAUAUCCAGGAGAUAGCGGAUUACGAGCACGAGCGGCGACGGGUACCGAACCAGCCCGGUCCCGGGGGAAAGGGAAAGGACAAGGAAGAGGAAGAGGAAGAGGAUAAGCCGGACCGAUUGACCCUAUUGUUGCAAAAGACCAGAUUCGACUGCGUCCAGAAGAAGAACGGCUAUUACGCAGACGAGGGAUUGGAAUGCGAGGUGUUCCACUAUUGCGCAGACGGCGUGCGCAGUUCCUGGAUGUGCCCCAUGGGCGCCAAAUUCCACCAGGUGCACCUGAUUUGCAUGCCGGAUGGGACCGAGGACGUGUGCAAGGAUUCCAGCAAGUUCCACUUCGUCAACGAGUACUUGUACAAACCCAUCAACGAAAAUCAGGCCCGCACCCACAACGAGUCCCUCAUCUAUGCAGACAGGUAUUACCCGAAGGGAUAUGCGCCAGGGACUCACGUGAGCAUUUCAGAGCUGGCAGCUCGAGAGUCAUCGAAGGGAGGGGGACGGCCACCACCCAGGGCUUCCGGCUCGCACCCAGACUACGAAUACGAUUACAAAGACGAGGAAUACACCGAAGACUUGCCCGCCUUUGCAGACCCCAAACAGGGCUCACGACCUCCCCCACGACCGGUUUCUCCUCAGGGAUCACAGAACGCCUUCUUCUCCUCGGAUGACGUCUCCGUUCCUCUGAGCCAGCGGCGACCGCCCCCGUCCAACUUCAGGCCUCGGCCUGCGGCCAGCUCUAUCGUCGAGGACUUCGGCCGACGCCCCGAGAAGCGAGAGUGAAUCCAUCCUCACCGAUUUACGUCUUCCAUCAACCAUGAUUGACAUCCCUGUUACUGCUUCAUCACUCACCUCAAUUCCUCGUCAUUCCUCGAGCUCCGUCCUGUGAUGCUGCUACCUUCAUCUUGCUUUCUUUUAGACAUCUGCCAGCGCCUGAGAACGGCAGAGAAUAUUAUUAUAUUUAUGCACGAGAAACCCCCAUCUCUGCCAUCUCAGUGAAUUUUUUACGAUCAUCGUUUCUUAUCUCAUCUCUCUAUGCAGG